GCGAGCGGAAGGAGACGCACGGACUCACUGAAACACUGAAACAAUCAAAUCGAUGAAAAACCGCAACGGAGAAUCAACGCGAAGAAUCCGAAUCCCAGACACGCGCAGCCGGAGCGAUGCGAGCGAAGCGGCGCGGCUGAGCGUUGAAGAUGUGUGCCGCACUACAGAGUCUCUUACUGUGUACUUUGUGUUUGCAGAUACGGGGGCUGCCGCUGCUCCUGUACGCUAACCGGCGUGACCUGCGUUUGGUGGACGCGGCUCACGGGCGAGCGAACGCUACGGUGGUGAUGGGCGGCCUGGAGGACGCGGCGGCGCUGGAUUACGUGUUCGCGCAGGAUCUGAUCUACUGGAGCGACGUGAGCGAGGAGUCCAUCAAACGCACACGCUUCAACGGCUCGACGCCGAGCGGCGCUCCCUCCACCGUCGUGUCCAACCUAGCCUCCCCCGACGGCCUGGCCUGCGACUGGAUCGGGAACAAGCUCUACUGGACCGACUCCGAGACCAACCGGGUCGAGGUGUCGGAGCUGGACGGCGCGCACCGGAAGGUGUUGUUCUGGCAGGACCUGGACCAGCCGAGGGCCAUCGCUCUGGACCCGGCGCGCGGGUUCAUGUACUGGACGGACUGGGGUGAGGUGCCGAAGAUCGAGCGCGCUGGGAUGGAUGGGACUCUUCGCUCUGUGAUCAUCGACUCUGAGAUCUACUGGCCCAACGGCCUCACACUCGACUACACACACACACAGCAGAAGCUCUACUGGGCCGACGCCAAGUUCAACUUCAUCCAUCGGUGCAACCUGGACGGGUCCGGCAGGGAGGUGGUGGUGAAGGGCUCGUUGCCGCACCCGUUCGCGCUGACGCUGUACGAGGACACACUUUUCUGGACCGACUGGAACACACACUCCAUCCACUCCUGCCACAAACACACGGGGCAGAACAGCCGCGAGGUCCACUCCAACAUCUUCUCCCCCAUGGACAUACACGUCUACAGCCAGAAGCGCCAGCAGAUCGACAUGACGAGUCCCUGCGCGCUGAACAACGGUGGAUGUUCUCAUCUCUGUCUGCUGUCUCCGGUCAAACCGUAUUAUCAGUGCGCCUGUCCAACAGGAGUCCGACUACUGGACGACAACAAGAGCUGCAGAGACGGACCCACUCAGCUGCUGCUUCUGGCCCGGCGCACAGACCUGCGGCGCAUCUCUCUGGACACGCCGGACUUCACCGACAUCGUUCUCCAGGCGGAGGACACGCACGCCAUCGCCAUCGACUACGACCCGGUGGACCGGCACCUGUACUGGACCGACGACGAUGUGCGCGCCAUCCGCCGGUCCGAGCUCGACGGCAGCGACCCACGGGUCCUGGUGACCUCGCAGGUCAACCACCCCGACGGCAUCGCGGUGGACUGGAUCGCUCGCAACCUGUACUGGACCGACACCGGCACGGACCGCAUCGAGGUGACCCGGCUCAACGGCACCAUGAGGAAGAUCCUGAUCUCCGAGGAGCUGGACGAGCCCAGAGCCAUCGUGCUGGACCCCGUCGCCGGGUACAUGUACUGGACGGACUGGGGUGAGGUGCCGAAGAUCGAGCGCGCGGCUCUGGACGGGUCGGAGCGGCUGGUUCUGGUCAACACGUCUCUCGGCUGGCCCAACGGACUGGCGCUCGAUUACACCGAGAGGAAGAUCUACUGGGGCGACGCCAAGACCGACGUCAUCGAGGUGAUGGAGAUGGACGGCUCGGGCCGCCAGGUUCUGGUGGAGGAGAACCUCCCGCACAUCUUCGGGUUCUCUCUGCUGGGAGACUUCAUCUACUGGACGGACUGGCAGCGGCGCAGCAUCGAGCGCAUGCACAAGACCAGCCUGGAGCGAGAGGUCAUCAUCGACCAGCUGCCCGACCUCAUGGGCAUCAAGGCCACCUACGUCACGCAGACCUUUGGUGUGAACCCGUGUGCGCUGGCGAACGGCGGCUGCAGUCACCUGUGCCUCUAUAAGCCCCAGGGUGUGUCGUGCGCGUGUCCCAUCGGGCUCGAGCUCAUGUCGGACCUGAGCUCCUGCAUCGUCCCCGAGGCCUUCCUCCUGUUCUCCCGGCACACCGACAUCCGGCGCAUCUCGCUCGAGACGCACAACAACAACGUGGCCAUUCCCCUCACCGGCGUCAAGGAGGCCUCCGCGCUCGACUUCGACAUCACCGACAACCGCAUCUACUGGACCGACAUCACACUGAAGACCAUCAGUCGGGCCUUCAUGAACGGCAGCGCUCUGGAGCACGUGGUGGAGUUCGGCCUGGACUAUCCCGAGGGAAUGGCUGUGGACUGGCUGGGCAAGAACCUGUACUGGGCCGACACCGGGACCAACCGCAUCGAGGUGGCCAAACUGGACGGGCAGCACCGACAGGUUCUGGUGUGGAAGGACCUGGACAGCCCUCGAGCCCUGGCACUGGACCCUGCCGAGGGCUUCAUGUACUGGACUGAGUGGGGUGGGCGGCCGAAGAUCGACCGGUCUGCGAUGGACGGUUCUGGACGCCUCACGCUGGUGCCGAACGUGGGCCGAGCGAACGGACUGACCAUCGACUACGCGGAGCGCCGUCUGUACUGGACCGACCUGGACACCACGCUCAUCGAGUCCUCCAACAUGAUGGGUCUGGAGCGCGAGGUGAUCGCCGACGACCUCCCGCACCCGUUCGGACUCACCCAGUACCAGGACUACAUCUACUGGACGGACUGGAGCCAGCGCAGCAUCGAGCGUGCCAACAAGACCAGCGGGCAGAACCGCACCGUCAUACAGGGGCACCUGGACUACGUCAUGGACAUCCUGGUGUUCCACUCGUCCCGCCAGGCCGGCUGGAACGCCUGCGCCGCCACCAACGGCCACUGCUCGCACCUGUGCCUCGCCGUGCCGGUGCGGGGCUUCGUGUGCGGCUGCCCCGCGCACUACUUGCUCAACCACGACAACAAGACCUGCAGCGCUCCCACAUCAUUCCUGCUGUUCAGUCAGAAGACGGCCAUCAACCGCAUGGUGAUCGACGAGCUGCAGAGUCCCGACAUCAUCCUGCCCAUCCACAGCCUGAGGAACGUGCGCGCACUGGACUACGACCCGCUGGACCGGCACCUGUACUGGAUCGACUCCAAGCAGAACCUCAUCCGCCGCGCGCAGGAGGACGGCAACCAGAGUGUGACGGUGGUGUCCGGUGGCCCGAGUCUCGGUCUCCAGCCCUAUGAUCUCAGCAUCGACGUCUACAGCCGCUUCAUCUACUGGACCAGCGAGGUCACCAACGUCAUCAACGUCACACGGCUCGACGGCUCGCGGGUCGGAGUGGUGCUGCGCGGAGAACACGACAAACCCCGCGCCAUAGUGGUCAACCCUGAGCGAGGGUACAUGUACUUCACGAAUCUGCAGGAGCGCUCGCCGAAGAUCGAGCGGUCGGCUCUGGACGGGACAGAGCGAGAGGUUCUGUUCUUCAGCAAUCUGGGCAAGCCGGCCGCGCUGGCCAUCGACAACGAGCUGGGCAAACUCUUCUGGGUCGACAUGGACCUGCGGCGCAUCGAGAGCAGCGACCUGUCCGGAGCCAAUCGGAUCGUGAUCGAGGACUCGAACAUCCUGCAGCCGGUGGGCCUGACGGUGUUCGGGAGCUUCCUGUACUGGAUCGACCGGCAGCAGCAGAUGAUCGAGCGCAUACACAAGGUCACGCGUGAAGGACGAACCAAGAUCCAGGCGCGGAUCACAUCUCUGAGCGACAUCCACGCCGUACACGAGCUCGACAUGGAGGAGUACAAUAAACACCCCUGCACGUCUGAUAACGGCGGCUGCUCUCACAUCUGUAUCGUGAAGGGAGACGGAACCACUCGCUGCUCGUGUCCCGUUCACCUGGUGCUGCUGCAGGACGAGCUCUCCUGUGGAGAGCCGCCCACCUGUUCCCCUGAGCAGUUCUCGUGUGUGUCGGGCGAGGUGGACUGCAUCCCUCAGGCCUGGCGCUGCGACGGCUUCGCGGAGUGUGACGACAGCAGUGACGAGCGCGAGUGUCCGGUGUGUUCGGACGAGGAGUUCCAGUGUGACAGCCGGCAGUGUGUGCAUCUCGCGCUGCGCUGCAACGGCGACGUCGACUGCCAGGACCGGUCCGACGAGAGCAAGUGUGAAGUUUUCUGUCCCAUGGAUCAGUUCACCUGCGCCAAUGGCCAGUGCAUCGGCCGGCACAAGAAGUGCGACCACAACACCGACUGUACGGACAACUCCGACGAGAUCGGCUGCUAUGCGACGGAGGAGCCGGCGUUUCCCCCCAGUAACACCAUCGGCUCGAUCGUGGGCGUGGUGCUGGUGCUGUUCGUGGUGGGCGCCGUGUACUUCGUGUGCCAGCGAGUGCUGUGUCCUCAGAUGAAGGACGACGGCGAGACCAUGACCAACGACUUCGUGGUCCACGGGCCCUCCACGGUGCCUCUGGGAUACGUGCCUCACCCCGGCUCUCUGAGCGGCUCGCUUCCAGGCAUGUCUCGGGGGAAGUCUGUGAUCGGCUCGCUGAGCAUCAUGGGAGGCAGCAGUGGGCCGCCGUACGACCGCGCUCAUGUGACCGGCGCCUCCUCCAGCAGCUCGUCCAGCACCAAGGGCCCGUUCUUCCCUCCGAUCCUGAACCCCCCCCCGUCCCCGGCCACCGUGAGGUCUCAGUACACCGUGGAGCUGGGCUACUCGUCCAACAGCCCGUCGACGCACCGCUCGUACAGCUACAGGCCGUACAGUUACCGUCACUUCGCCCCGCCGACGACGCCGUGCAGCACAGACGUGUGUGACAGCGACUACACGCCGGGCCGCCGGGCUCCGCCCACAUCCGCGGCUGCUAAGGGCUACGCUAGCGACGUGAACUACGACUCGGAGCCGCUGCCGCCGCCGCCCACACCGCGCAGCCAGUACCUGUCGGCGGAGGAGAACUGCGAGAGCUGCCCACCCUCACCCUACACCGACCGCAGCUACUCACACCACCUGUACCCGCCCCCGCCCUCGCCCUGCACAGACUCGUCCUGAGCCCCGCCCCCUGAGCACAGGCCCCGCCCC